AUAGUAAAUCGUCAACAAAAUUGGAAAAAAAUAUUUCUUAGAUGUAUUUUCGAGCCAGUUUGAUGGCAUUGCUUUGCCUCACUCUUAGUGAAUUCGUUCCUAAAGCAUGGACCCGAUCGCUUACCGUCUCGCUGAACAUGUCCAUGACCCGAACCCUGGUUCCAGAUCCGCCAAAUGGAACAGAAACCAAGCUCAGCCAGGAGAUUCUUAGGGCUUGUAUGCGUAGGACCGAGAUCUCAAUGUCGCAACUGAAACUCUUUCACAUGAGCCUGAUGAACAGCGACUACAAAAAUGACAACGAUAUAGCCCCUACUCCAGUUCAAUCCAUUGGCGAUGUGAAUAACCUGGGUGAUCUGGACUUCAAUGGCAACUCGCAGAUGCCCUAUCUCGAUCUGAAGCAUAAUGAGCCGCUGCAGUGCUUUGUGAGCUGUCUGUAUGAGACCCUGUAUUUGGAUAGGUACAAUGUCCUGCUGGAGGAGGCCUUCAUGAAUCAGGUGCAAACAAUCAUACAGCAUGAGAAGGCGGAGAUCAAGGAGUGCAGUGAUCUUCAGGGCAAAACACGAUGCGAGGCAGCCUACAAGCUGCACCUGUGCUACAAUCACCUGAAAACUCUGGAGGCGGAGCAGCGUAUCCGUGAGAUACUCGAGCGGACCGAGGCGGAGAACGAGUUAUUCGGUCCGGAGGGCAGCGACUUUAUCUACGGCAUCAAGCAUUCCGGAGAAGCAAUGACCACCACUAAGUCGGAAUAGAUAGCUGUGUACUUGUGGGUCUUAUUUCUUAUCGAUGUUUGCUAUAUAGAAAAUCCACUUAUUAUUUAAAUGUAUGCAUGAAUAAGUACUUAAAGUACUUAUUUAACUUUUGAGAGUUUUAAAGCUAUAAAAUAAAAACAAGAGUUUGCAUUUCAGCGUAA